AUGGUAGUUGAAGUAGAAGACAGUGCCCAAAGCAAUGCAUCAAAAGCUAUGGGGCAGUUCGAAGUGAAAUGUGUGGAGAAGGAUGCUCAUAAUGCAACUAGCAGUCUGAUGGAUGAUUUGAGAAAAGAGUUUGCCAGUCUCUCAUCUCUAACAGAUUUCAAUCGAACUGGGGCGCAGGGCACAUUACAUGGAGGACAAACAGCUUCACUCACCGACAUCGUCACCGCUCGAGCGCUCGGUCUCACUAUCAGAGACCACCCACUAGCUUCUAUUGAACUCUCAGUCAGCUAUUUCCUGCCGGUGAAGCUUGGCGAAGUCGUAGAAAUCACAGCUCUCGUGCUCAAACUCGGCCGAAACGUAGCGUUCACAGAAGCUGAAUUUCGGCGAAAAUCCGAUGGGAAAUUAACGGCUAAGGGACGGCAUACUGUCGCAAUCCUACCAAAACAACAGCCAACUGAAGGGAUUAAAGUGGCGCAAUUCUAG